UGUGAGAGAAAGAACUUAAAGUGUUAUGGUUUUUAUUUGUAAUAAAAGUUCAUUAAAAUGGCAAAUACAGGCUUAUUGCCAUUUGUUCGUGGUGUAGAUUUCACAUGUAAUGAUUUCAGCGGUGCCAAAUUUCCCGAUGCUAUACGAUAUAUGACUGGACUUCAAUGGCUAAGACUCGAUAAAACUAACUUGACUGAAAUUCCAGAAGAACUAGGAAAACUUAUGAAAUUGGAAAAUUUAUCUAUCAAAAAGAAUGAUCUAGAAAAAUUGUUUGGAGAGCUAACAGAGUUAAAAUGCUUGCGAUCUUUAAAUGUGAGACACAAUAAAGUGAAGAGUUCAGGUAUACCUGCUGAGCUGUUCCGGUUGGAGGAACUUACAACAUUAGACCUGUCUCACAACAGACUUAAGGAAGUUCCUGAUGGUCUUGAUAAGGCCAAGUCACUACUAGUGCUGAAUCUGAGUCAUAACAAAAUUGAAAGUGUACCACCAACACUAUUUGUACAACUAACAGACCUUCUAUUUCUUGAUCUAUCCAACAAUUUACUGGAGACAUUACCUCCUCAAACAAGGAGACUGGCAAAUUUACAGACUCUGAUACUAAAUGACAACCCACUGGGUCUUUUUCAGUUGAGACAACUGCCAUCACUGCAGAGUUUGGAGACUUUGCAUAUGCGCAACACACAGCGUACACUCGCCAACUUGCCUACCUCUAUGGAUACACUAUCAAACUUGUCAGAUGUGGACUUAUCGAAAAAUGCUCUCACUAAAAUUCCAGACGCACUAUACUCUCUACAAAACUUAAAGAGGCUAAAUUUGAGCGACAACGAAAUUACAGAGGUGUCUACAGCAAUGGACAUGUGGCAGAAACUAGAAAGUCUGAACCUGUCUCGGAACAAGCUUACCUCUCUUCCUGCAUUACUAUGCAAACUCCAAAACUUGAGGAGGCUGCAUGUUGAUGAUAAUAAUUUGGACUUUGAGGGCAUACCCUCCGGUAUUGGAAAACUUGGCAAUUUAGAAGUGUUUUCUGCAGCCAGUAAUCACCUAGAAAUGAUACCUGAAGGUCUAUGCAGAUGUGGCUCCCUUAAAAAACUGAACUUGAGUUGCAACAAACUGAUUACGUUGCCCGAUGCUAUACACCUGUUGAGCGACCUAGAGAGCCUACAGCUUCAUGGCAACCCUGACCUGGUGAUGCCCCCGAAACCAGUGGAGAGGCCUAGAGGCGCGGGGCUUCAGUAUUAUAAUAUAGAUUUCUCGUUACAAGCUCAACUGCAAUUGGCAGGCGCAGCUAGCACGGAACCUACAACGCCUAGUAGUGUGAAGUCGGACCCGAUAGCGCGUAAGUUGCGCCUACGCCGCGGUAGGCCGGAGCCCGAGCAACGCGACUCAGCGCUCAUACUACGCGGCAUGCAGGAGCAGGCCAACACUCAGCAUAAUGAUGAGCGACUCGAUCAGCGAAACAGCGAACUCAAACCCAAGCGUUGGGACGAAAGCUUGGAGAAACCGCCGCUGGACUAUUCUGAGUUUUUCGACGAAGAUACCGGACAAACGCCCGGCCUGCAAGUCUGGGAAAUCGAGAAUUUUGUCCCCGCCCCUGUGGAAGAGGUCGCACAUGGCAAAUUCUUUGAGGGCGAUUGCUAUAUCGUAUUGAAAACAUUCUUUGAGGAACAAGGGCAGCUCUCCUGGGAUAUACAUUUUUGGAUCGGGUCGAAAGCUACAUUGGACAAGGGCGCGUGCGCGGCGAUGCACGCGGUGAACUUGCGCAACUUGCUGGGCGCGCGCCGCACGCAGCGCCACGAGCAGGGUGACGAGGCGGCCGACUUCCUCGCGCUGUUCCCCACGCCGCCCGUCUACAUACAGGGCAGCCACACGCCCUCCGGGUUCUUCACCGUCGACGAUCCGCACUACGUGAAGCGGUUGUACCGCGUGGAGAGCGCUGGAAGUGGAUUGCGCCUGCAUCCGGUGCCGCCGCGUGCGCACGAACUCGACCCCAGAUUCGUGUUUUUGUUGGACGCCGGCCUCACUAUAUACUUAUGGAAUGGUAAAAAGGCAAAGAACACUUUAAAAUCCAAAGCUCGCCUGUUCGCGGAGAAAAUGAAUAAAGAGGAGAGAAAGAACAAAGCUGAAUUGAUAGCAGAGCAGCCUGGGAAGGAGCCGAGGAGCUUCUGGCAAACAUUGGAUUAUGAUGAUGAGACACCAUUUGUGCCACAGGAGCACGUACCCGAGGACUUGACAUGGUUGCCGCCGCGGCUGUACCGCGUGGAGCUGGGCAUGGGCUACCUGGAGCUGCCGCAGCCGGAGGCCACUCUCACGCGACAUGUGCUCGCAACCAGAAACGUCUACAUACUCGACGCACACGUGGACGUGUUCGUAUGGUUCGGCAAGAAGUCGUCUCGGCUGGUGCGCGCGGCGGCCGUGAAGCUGGCGCAGGAGCUGUUCAACAUGGCGCCGCGCCCCCCCCACGCGCUCGUCACGAGACUCCAGGAGGGCACCGAGACACAGGUGUUCAAAACAUACUUCGCCGGAUGGGAUGAAGUGAUAGCUGUAGACUUCACUCGCACCGCGGAGUCUGUUGCGCGGACCGGUGCUGAUCUUGCCAGCUGGGCGAAGCAACAAGAGACCAAAGCGGAUCUGUCAGCUCUGUUCACACCACGUCAGCCACCGAUGCAGCCAUCUGAAGUCAAGACUCUUUCGGAUGAGUGGAACGAGGACUUGGAAGCGAUGGAGGCGUUCGUACUUGAAGGGCGCCACUUUGUGCGGCUACCAGAUCAUGAGAUAGGCAUUUUCCACAGUUGCGACUGUUAUGUAUUCUUAUGUAGAUACAUCAUGCCGGCUGAGCCAGAAGACGAGAGUGACGCAUCCAACGAGGCGGAGGAGUCUGACGCCGAGUGCGCGUCGUGGGUGGUGUACUUCUGGCAGGGCCGGCGCGCGCCCAACAUGGGCUGGCUGACGUUCACCUUCGGCCUCGAGCGCAAGUUCAAGCAGCUGUGCAAGCGGCUGGACGUCGUGCGCACGCACCAGCAGCAGGAGAGCCUCAAGUUCAUGGCGCACUUCCACAGGAAAUUUAUUAUCAAGGACGGCAAGAGGAAUACUAAGCCCGAAAGUGGCCGACAACCGGUAGAGUUAUUUGAACUGCGAAGCAACGGAUCGGCACUUUGUACGCGCCUGAUUCAAGUGAAAGCAGACGCCACACAGCUCAACAGUGCUUUCUGUUACAUACUGAACGUGCCGCUGGAAGGUUCAAACGACACGUCAUCAGCCAUAGUGUACGUAUGGAUCGGCAGCAACAGCGACGCCGACUCUGCACGACUUAUAGAGCAGAUCGCGGAGGAGAAGUUCAAUAAUCCCUGGGUUAGCUUGCAGGUACUAACGGAGGGUAGCGAGCCUGACAAUUUCUUCUGGGUGGCGCUGGGCGGCCGCAAGCCGUACGACACUGGCGCCGACUACCUGAAUUACACACGGCUCUUCCGGUGUUCCAAUGAGAAGGGUUAUUUCACUGUAUCCGAAAAAUGCACUGAUUUCUGCCAGGACGACCUAGCUGACGACGAUAUUAUGAUUUUGGACAACGGCGAGCAAGUGUUCCUGUGGCUUGGAGCCAAGUGUUCUGAAGUGGAAAUUAAGCUUGCAUAUAAGUCGGCACAAGUAUACAUUCAACAUAUGAAGUCAAUGCAACCUGACAAGCCGCGGAAACUGUUCCUCACGUUGAAAGAUAAGGAAUCGCGACGUUUCACCAAGUGUUUCCAUGGCUGGGGCGAGCACAAGAGACCACCUGAAUAAACAACUAAACUUCUCAGCAAAUUGUUCAUUUUUUUUCCAUAUACAAUGUAUCAUAAAUCGUAAAUCUUAAUCUAAUCUAAAACUUUUGGGUUACCUACCGAAAUUAUUUAUGCACGUAUUAUCCAUACUAAUAUUAUAAAUGCAAAACUGGCUGUGUGUUUAUCACCUUUUUUAAAUAGUAAACUAAAGUAACAAAGGGUAAAUGGAUCUUAAUCAAAUUUAUCAAAAUAGAUUGUAGCAUGAGGACAGUCAUGCAUUAUCUAUUAUUAUAAAAAGAAAAAACAGGUAAUAUCUAGUAAUAAAUAUUUUAAUUGACGAGUCGACAGAAGGAAAUUUAUUACGUAUAGAAUAGGUAGGUAGUCAAAGGAUAAGAACAUGUCAAUGUUCUUCCAAAAAAUUUAAAAAACAAAUCUAUUAAAAAGAUAUAAGACCAUUGUCAUAUACUCUUGAGUGGUUUGAUUUUAUUCCAUCAAUACAUCCUUCACAAGUGGGAUGAAUUACAUAGAAUGUUAAUAUUUUGUAAGUCUGUAAUAACUCUUUGCCAAUAUCCAAGUGUUCUACAUAUUCAUUUAAAUCUUUUAUAAAUUUAAAAAUGUUUAAUCUGCAUUUUUAAAAUAAAUAGAUAUUUAUUAAAAAUAAAAAUAUUUAUAAAAGCAUAAUUUUGCAUUAUAGAUAUGCUGCUAAUAAUAACUUUUCAUCAAUCGAAAUAUGCAAAAUAAGUAAACAGUAUUAUAUAAACUUAAUUUAUAAGUCUUGUUGUCAGGCCUUCAUUUUAUUUUAGUAUACAUCAAAACCAAGUUGCAAAACUCACUACAUAAUGUACACUAGUUUUUUGUUUGCAAAGUAUCAUUGCAAUGUCAAUUAAUGGGAUGGUCGAUUUUUAGAAGCAAUGUUACAUGACCACCAUAUUUAUUUUCUACUGGAAUUUUAUGUAUUGCAAACUUUAGAAUAAUUCAAAUCAUUAAGAAGGUAUCUAAACCAAACUAUGUGUAGACAUAAAUCUGAUUGAAAUGUAAAGAAUUUAAUGUAAUUCAUUGUUACAAUGCUGCAAUGUCCAUUACAUAAUAUAUUUAUAUAUAUUUUAUAAUGCAGCUAACUGUGACAUAUAGUAGUAAAUUGUACUAUAUGACUGUGACAUAUCAUUGUCUAUCACUAUUUGUCAUAAUUUCCUAGUAAGUGCUGCGCCACUUAACUAAUAUUUCUUUCUGCUUAAUGUGACAAUGUGGAUGUAUUGCUUAUCAUUAUAUCAUAGUAUGACUAUGAGAAUGAUAAAGAACUG